UGUCUUACAAUGUCAGGCUGGUUGCUCAGUAGAAUGGUGGCCUUCCUCUUCACAGCAGCUUCCCGGGUGGGACCCCGACUCAACAGGUGACGUCUUCCAUACAUGGCGCUGGUCGUUCUGGAAUUGGAGAAGGAGGAGCCGACUCGGGGAUGGCCGAAGGGUCCACCACGAUCACGUUGGGUAGUGUCUGGCUUAUUCAGCUUGACUGCCUUUGCAGGCUGAAUCAGGAGCAAUGUCACAGAAGAAGCCGCUGCCGACAAGUCUGUCCUCGUCUAAUUUGACUUGUUCAGUAUGUCGGACGAGAAAGCCCAUACCAGGCAAGAAGAUGAUAUCGCAGGGAAACGACUGCUUGGAUCUGUAGAAGACGACGACGUAGUGUUCCCCAACAACACCACGAAGAGGUUUCUUCUUCUAGCUUUUGUGAUAUUCGUUUACUUCUUCUCAUACGGCACCUCGGUUCCGGUGAUUUCCUUCUAUGUCUUUGACAAAGUCAGCUCGCGUUAUCCCUACAAUUUAAGCUCUUCUUCCCCUUGCAUCAUCGGGAAUAGUACAGAUUUAAACAGCACGGCUGAAAACAUCGUCCAGAAAGCAGUUGCCAACAAAUACUUAAUGCUGAAUUUAGUGUGGCUUUUGCCUAGCUUAAUUCCAAUAUUAUUUCUGGGUCCUUUCAUAGAUAGAUCGGGGAGGAAAAAAGCCCUGCUGAUUCCAAUGGCUGGAACGUUGAUGAAACAAAUAGUCGUAAUAGUAGUGGUGCGUCUUUCGCUCCCAGUUGACUUGCUAGCUAUAGCAAACUUUCUGGAAGGCAUUUGCGGAGGAUUUGGAACGGUUUUGAUGAUCGCGUUUGGAAUGGUAGCUGAUUUGACUCCACGAGGAAAAACGCGUACAUUGCGAAUAACAGUAAUAGAAACCUGCAAUGCGAUUUCUGUUUCUAUAUCCACGGUAUCUAUUGGGAUCUGGCUACGCAAUCACGAUUCCUACAAGUCACCCGUGUAUUUCCAUGCCAUCAUCGUAGGCAUCGUACUGUCGAUCUUCGUCAUCACCGUCACGUGUUUGUUCGUGCGCGAGACUCUCCAGAGAAAAGUGUCCAGCUCUUGGUGCGAGGCUGUGAAGAACGUGAGGAAAUGUUUCACCUUCUACACCACCGACACGGACGACAGACGAAGGUGGAAGAUUCUCGUUGGCAUUUCGGUCUUCAUCCUGGUUAUGUCGGUGAACUUCUCACACCAGGACGUCCUCAGCAUGUUUCUCAUGAGACGACCCCUGUGCUGGCACGAACUCCACGUGACGGCGUUCAUGUCGGUCUACAUCUUCGCCUCUUCCUUGGUGUCUCUAGUGACUUUGAAGAUCGUCCAGAGAUGGCUGAACCUGGAGGACAGACACGUCGCUCUGGCUGGAUCUGUGUCGUCAAUGCUGUCCAUGCUCAUCCUAGCCUUUGCUUGGGAAGACUGGCUUGUCUACAUGUCAUCUGUUGUUGGUUUGCUUAUACGAGUGAUCAUCCCCAUGACAAGGUCAGUUAUGUCAAGUGUGGUGCGACAAGAUGAACAAGGUGCAUUGUUUGCUGGCAUGGGCUGCAUUGAAAUAACCUUUCCAGUGGUGAUGGGUUCACUUUCCACUCUUCUUUAUAAAGCUACAGAACAAAUUCGUGUUGGAGUUGUCUUCCUUGUUCUGUCUGGAGUCAUGUUUGUUGUCUUAAUUUUGUAUAUUUUUCUCAAUAUUCGAAUAUCAAGACAACAUCGCCAUGGAUACCAGGCUAUCAACUGAAUCAACCCUGUUGAGUUAAUAAGUCCAUAGAUUGGCUGUAGUUCAUCAUUCUGCUGAAGAUGAGAGAUUACAAUAAACAUAUUUGGUGAUUUGUGAACAGCUGAAGAUCCAACCAGUGAAUCUCAUGGUCGUAUUAUGCAAGUAUGGUAGUGUCGUUGAUAGGAUAAACCUUAAAUAUGACACACGUAGUACAUGUCUAUAUAACCGGCCUCGAUGCUGUAGUGGUUAAGCCAUUGGACUUAAAGACUAGUAGAUACUGGGUUCGCAUCUCUGUAAAGUUACACUGUAUCCCACCCAGAGCACGUUUAACAACUCAGUGGGUGGCUCCCACUCAGAGCUCGUUUAACAACUCGGUGGGUGGCUCCCACUCAGAGCUCGUUUAACAACUCUGUGGGUGGCUCCCACCCAGAGCACGUUUAACAACUCAGUGGGUGGCUCCCACCCAGAGCACGUUUAACAACUCAGUGGGUGGCUUUCACCCAGAGCACGUUUAACAACUCAGUGGGUGGCUCCCACCCAGAGCAAGUUUAACAACUCGGUGGGUGGCUCCCACUCGGAGCACGUUUAACAACUCAGUGGGUGGCUCCCACCCAGAGCACGUUUAACAACUCGGUGGGUGGCUCCCACCCAGAGCAAGUUUAACAACUCAGUGGGUGGCUCCCACUCAGAGCACGUUUAAUAACUCAGUGGGUGGCUCCCACUCGGAGCACGUUUAACAACUCAGUGGGUGGCUCCCACUCGGAGCAAGUUUAACAACUCAGUGGGUGGCUCCCACUCAGAGCACGUUUAACAACUCAGUGGGUGGCUCCCACUCCAGGCACGUUUAACAACUCAGUGGGUGGCUCCCACUCAGAGCAAGUUUAACAACUCAGUGGGUGGCUCCCAUUCAGAGCACGUUUAACAACUAAGUGGGUGGCUCCCACUCAGAGCAAGUUUAACAACUCAGUGGGUGGCUCCCACUCAGAGCAAGUUUAACAACUCAGUGGGUAAGUGUAUGGCCACUACACCGACAUCUCUCUCACUAACAA